UGAAAAAUAAAAGUGACAAAAACCGAACGAAAAUAUAUAGGAAGGAAGAAAAUGAAGAAAAUUUAAUAUUGUUUAGAAAAGUGUACUUUGUAAUGGACGCUAAAUGAUGAGUGUAUAUUUUUUUAACUCAGUGUUUAUUAUUAUCGGUUAAAAUGUAUACUCUGAAGGGUAUAUUUCCUGAACCAAAAAAGGAACAAAAAAAAAAUUUUAUAAGGGAAAACAUGAAGCAACUCAAACUAAUACAGGGUAAAUCUCCCAAGGAGUCCAAAUUUGCUCUAAAAUCAGUUAAUCCACCGAGACUCGUCACCCCGAACGCCGUUGCAAACAACCUAGGUCAGGUUAAGUCUUCACCAUCAAACAAAAGCGCCAAAGCAACUUUGGUCAUUGGCAAAAACAACAUGGCGAAUACUCGGAAAAAGCACACUGAUAUACGGAUUAAAAAAGGUGAUAUGGCAGAGUUCUUGAAAAGGAAAGAAACGCGGACAAAGCAGCAGGAGGAGUUAAUUUAUGAUGAUACUGAAUCAUCACAUUCGUCUGGCCGGCUUAGAGAUAUAGCCUGCCAGACUAUGGAGUCUAACUUAUCCCAGAAGCUGGCUGACAGCACCAAAUUAACAAUGCUGUAUCCCACUAGGGAAGAUGACCAAGAAGCUAAGAUGAAAGCCAGUGGAGACAAUGUAGUGCACAGAAGUCCCCCACUCUCUGGUCAACAUAGCCAACGAAUAGGAGACGACUUGAUGGAUGAGAGAAACCGUAGUCGGCUAAAUGCUAUCUUAGAAAGAAAAGAUAAAGACCCAUACUUACCUUCAGGUUAUCAAAGAGGAGUAGUUCCAAAGUAUCUGCGUGAAAGAAAAGAAACUGCAAAAGAAGUGGAAGAAGCGAAAGCAAGUGAAGACAAUUCUCCGUGUCCCCCAGGGCAUGUGGCUCUGCCUGACGUAGAGAGGAAGGAGACAUUGCGCAUGCUUAGGAAUAGUUUUGCAGAGUUAGUUAGUGAAUUGAACAAAAUGCCAGUGAAGACUGACACACUUAGAAUGAGGAAUCGAAAAAUGGAGCUAGAAAAACAGUUAGCCAAAUUAGAAGAGGGCAUCAAAGUAUUUUCCAGACCUAAAGUUUUUGUAAAAAUUGGAGAAUGACAUGCAAAAGGUGAGGUAGUUAUAUAAAUUGCUUGUGUUUGCAUACAAUUUUUAUAUGUAUCAUUUGAUAGGGAAAAUAAUGUCUUUUUAGGGUAGAACUAAAUAAGUGCCUAUACAUUAUUAACCAAAAUUGUAAUUGUGAUCAUUGUGUUAAUUUUAUUGACUAAAUUUACAGUAAUUUCGCUAAAACUGUAUGCUAGACUGCUAAUUUGUAGUAGAAAGGAGGCCAAUCAAUAAUAAUAUUAAUAUAGCAUCAAUAAUUAAAGCUUAGUGGUGGGCCAAAGUGGGCUUAACACUGAAUUUGUGAUUAUUAUGUUACGAUUAUCUUCUUGGAGAAAUAGCUGUAUAGGGCUUAAAAUUCGAGAGACAUUUCUUAUCCACGAUUAUUAUUACAUUAUACUUAACAUCCACAAAGUCAAAGUCAGACGUAGAGAGGAUUUGCCCAUAAUCAUCACACUGGGCACUGGGUUGCUGAACACAGAAGAUGGUAACAGUAGCACAGGACGCUACUGCCCCCAUUACAUUACAUUUCCAUUAGUGGCAUCGUACGACAUCUGCGCGAAGAGGAGGCGUGGUGUUGUAUUGAUUGUAUCUGCUUUUUUUUUAUAUAACUUUUUAAAACUUAAGGUGUUAGUGAUGAUCAUAACAUUGUAUCUGACAACAUUCCAAUUCUUGCCAAACCGUCAGGUUUUAGAAGACAACUAUAUUUUGUAUGUAUGUGUAUUAUUUAUAGUGACUGUGUGUAAUGUAUAUCAUUAUUUGAUUAGUAAAUUUAUAGUUUUCUUAAAAAUAUGUACUUAUUUAAAUUCUUCAAUGUAACCUAUUCCGUCCUAUAAAACUAAAAAUAUAAUUAUAAAUAUGUGUCAAUAUUGUUAAAUUCUUGUGAUAGAAUUAUUACAACUCGUGUAAGUUA